AUGAAGAUAUUGCAAACCCGGAAGAACAACACCAGCAAGGAGCUGACUAUUGAGCCAGAGAACCCAGUAUCAGAGAGAAACAGCGUGGACUUCCCAAGCCACAUGAGUGAACAGCCGGACUUCAACGAUGAAAGUGACGUUAUUAGUGCACUGAAUUAUCUAUUGCCUUAUUUCUCAGACGAAAAUCUACAAAAUGGGGAACAGUUUGAAAUUCAGCUGAAUCAGCAGCUACGGCCCCUCAUCCCCAACACUGACAUGAGAAGGCUCAUUUCUCACGUCAUCCGCACUCUGAAAAUGGACUGCUCUGAGGCCCAGGUGCAACUGCCCUGUGCCAAACUCAUCUCCAAAACAGGUAUCCUGAUGAAGCUCCUCAGUGAGCAGCAGGAAGAAAAGAUAGCCAAGGAAGAAUGGGAUACAGAGCAGUGGAGGACUGAGACCUAUAUCAAUGAGAGUACAGAAGCCCCAAGGGGACAGAAAGAGCAGGAGUUGAGUAAGCUCACAAAAGGAGCUCAAGAACACGGCUAUCACAACAAGCUCAUCGUGGCAAUAUAUGUGACGGCAGUGGUCACGAUGCUGGUUAUCAUCUUCUGUCUCAUUGAGAAUGAGGACGUUGCCAGAGGCAGAAGACUACCCAUCAGACUGUUUUGCCUGAUUCCAGCAAAUCUGGUCCUCAGCCAUGGCUGGGGAGACAGGACCAGCAUGAAGACAUGUGUUGUCAGGGGUCCUUCUGAGACACAGCAGCUAGGGAGGGGCUUUGGCUGUGCUGUUCCUGCUGCUGGUGGGCAUCUGGCCAGUCCAGAGGCCUUCCCAGAGGCUCAGAAGAAGGGCUAUGGAAAGUCAUAUCACACAGGGGGAAGGGGGACCGUCGCCCUCAAGGCUGCUAGAGAGUAA